UUAUGAGUACAAAAUUUAAGAAAUGAAAUUAAUAAUUGUAGAAAAAGAAAAAGACGAAAACAAUAAACUUUUUUCUUCCUUGUUUCGUACGCUACCACACCAUAAUACAUCUUCAACGUAGUAACCAUUUUUUUUUUUUUUUUUGGAUUCGGCCAUGACAUAAAUGGUGGUACACUUUCACGCGUUCAAACCUAACAGAAACGUAAUCGCAACGUUCUUCUCCCAAAACGCACGUUAUAAAGAAGUCCUUUCUCUCUUCUUUUUGUUUUUGAUCUUGUUGUUCUUCUUCUUGGAUUUGCAAUCUGUGGUGUGAAAUCUGGUUUCGAAUUAGGUGAAGUGGAAUCGAAGAGUGUUUCAAUGUCGGAAGGGUUCGCGAUCGAAUUGUACUUCGAUCCGGCGUUGGAGAAUCAAAUGCUGAAGGCGUGGAACGUUCUCGCGCGCCGACAAAUCACCACUCACCUCAUCGAGAUGAAGUCGCGCCCUCACAUAACGCUCUUCUCCGCCCCCUUUCUAGAACCUUCCAAGCUCGAAUCGCUUCUCAGAACCUUCGCAUCCAAGCACGAUCCUCUUUUUCUCUCCUUCUCCUCCGUCGGCACCUUCCCCAACGACGCCGACAACCUUCUCUUCCUGGCGCCCACGCCCUCCCUCUCCCUCCUCCAAUUCCAGUCCCACCUCUGCGACGCCAUCAGAAAAGAAGGUAUUGAGAUCUCCGACGACUUCGCCUUCGAUUCCUGGAUACCUUACUGCUCGGUCGCACACCACGUCCCCAAAAACAGAAUGCCCGAGGCUUUCUCUCUCUUGCGGGAACUCAAGCUUCCGGUUUCCGGUUACGCUACGGACAUCGCGCUCGUGAAGUUCUCUCCGGUUAGCGAACUCUUUUCCUCUGUGCUCAGCAACAAUGUAGAUUCCUGAACUCUUUUCUUUAAACAUUAGUUUGUAGUUUGUGGCUGAAACGAAACGAGUUUCUCCAUUUAACUAGAAUAAACUGAUACUUUACUUGUAGAAUUUUUCUCAUAUAAUUUUUUUUCUAAAUUUUUUAGCUGAUUUUGUUAUUUUUCUCUAAUCUAAUCGAAACUCUUAUGCUAAAACUUGUCUAAACGUGUUCUUAGCUUAAUUUUAUAGGUUUAACUUAGCUUA